AUGCAUAUCUAUGCCUCUUGUGGGGUGUGGAAAUUUGAUCCCUGUAAAGGAUGGGGAUUUGCUUUUGAUAAGGAAAAAGGAGGAAGAGUACUUGCUGUGGAAUUGAGAAGUUCCUUUGAAGAUCUAAGGACUACGGCUUUUGAGGAUUUUGGCAUUGACCAAAACGAUGUCGAGCUUGAGUUAAGCUACUUACCUAUGGAGUUAAUCAGUACGAUAGACUGUCCUCCAGUUAUCAUUGGGAAUGAUCGGCAACUCAAGAAUUUUCUUACAUAUGUACGUGGAAAAGCUUCUUCAAGGUUGUGUGUGUCUAUUUCACCUCUCAAUGCAAACAACGACAACAUUGAGCUUGAUAAGGAGCAAUCUAACGCGUCUGGCAGAGACCGACGUGAGCCUCCCUCCGUUUCACCUGGAGAUGACAUUGGUAGUUCUUCUCAAUCGAGCAAGGAUGGUGAAGACGAAUGUAACUUGAACGCCUUGAAAGAAAAUGAAGAUGCUGACUUAAGUGGAAAAGAAGAGGAUAGGGGAAAAAGUGUUCGGUUCUCUUUGAAGCAUGUUGUGAAGACGGGUGAAACGUUUGAAAACAAAUCUAAGUUAAAAGCAGCAUUGGAAAUGUCAGCAAUGAAGAAUAACUUCGAUUAUAAAGUUGUGAAUUCUGAUAGAAAACUUUGGUACAUCCGAUGCGUGGACAACAAGUGUAGGUGGAGUGUUCGUGCUGAGGGGUUAUCAGGAUCUACAUAUUUUAUCAUCAAAAAAUAUGUGGCGGAUCAUACAUGUGCUGCGUCAAAUAUGGAUAAUGGUGGUCGGACAGCUUCUGCAAAAACUAUUGGGAGUCUAAUAAUGCAUAGGUAUGAUGGUGUCAAAGAAGGUCCGAAAGCUAAUGAUAUCAUACAGAUUAUGAGAAUGGAACAUGGAUGCGAGAUAUCGAAAUCAUUAGCAUGGGACGCUCGUGAGUAUGCGAUUAAUCUGGUUAGAGGCAUUCCCGAGCAGAGUUUUGGAAAAAUUCCGAAAUACUUGCACAUGCUGAAAGAAGCUAAUCCAGGAACACACACUUUUUACGAAACAGAUGUCGAUGGUAAAUUCAGAUUUCUCUUUCUUUCGUUUGGGCAAUCAGUACGAGGAUUUCAUACAUCCAUGCGAAAAGUUCUUGUUGUUGAUGGGACAUUUUUGAAGAGCAAAUACAAAGGAGUAUUACUUGUUGCGACAGCUUUAGAUGGAAACUCCAACUUGUAUCCUAUUGCAUUUGCUGUUGUCGACUCGGAAAAUGAUCGUUCAUGGAAUUGGUUUUUCAGACAACUAAAGGUUGUUGUUACGGACGAGCGUGCUCUUGCGUUUGUGUCGGACAGAAAUAACUCACUUUGUAAGGGGCUUGAGAAUGUGUAUCCUCUUUCUCAACAUGGAAUUUGUAUUCACCAUUUGUUAAAUAAUGUGGUCACACAUUACAGAGGAAAAGGAGUGGUUGGAUUGAUUGCAAAAGCUUCUAAAGCUUAUAGAGUUGUUGAUUUUCAGAAGCGAUUCGAAGCUGUGUGCAAUAUUAGUCCAGCUAUUGGAGAAUAUUUAACAGAUGCAGAUGUUACAAAGUGGGCUCGCUGUCAGUUUCAAGGAUACAGGUAUGACAUCAGGACGACAAACCCGACUGAGUCAAUAAACUCUGCUUUGCGCUCACCAAGAGAGUAUCCAGUCAUUCUUUUGUUGGAUAGCAUCAGAGAAAUGCUUACCCGUUGGUUUUUUGAACGACGCACACGAAGCAGGAAGCACACAAUGCCAUUAACUAUUGCCAUCGAGAAAAAGAUAGAUAGACGGAUUAACAAGGGUAAAACGUUUCUUGUCCAGCCAGUUAACGAGCAUCGUUUUUUGGUUCGUGGAGAUACAAUCGACUGCCUAGUUGAUUUGGACAGAAGAACCUGCUCUUGUGGGAAAUAUGACCUACUGAAAAUCCCAUGUAGACACGCAAUCAAGGCUGGUUUAACAGUUGGCCGCGCCCCAUCCUCACUAACGGAUUUCAUGUACACGACUUCCAAUUGGAGAACAGCUUAUGAAGAAACUAUCAAUCCAGUAGGUGUUCCUGAGGAUAGUUGGGUGGUUCCAGAUACUGUUCGGAAUGCCAGUGUGCUAGCUCCUGAAUCAAGAAGAGGAGCAGGAAGGAGAAGAAAGCGCAGGUAUGAGACUGUUGAAGACAAGCUCCGUUCCUCGCAAGGAGCUCAAGAAAAAAAGAGGCGCAGGUGCAGUCGAUGUGGCGAAGAGAAUCAUAACAGGGCUACGUGUGACAGAGCUAUUUAG